AUGACUUCCAGAUAUUUUUUUCGAACUUUUCGUCGUUUGUUUCUGCUUUCUACUACUCAAAUUUCCUUCUCGUUUCGAAAUCAUCGUCUUUUUUGGACUUCACUGGGCACAGCAACUGCGCUCAGUACCAUUCUUCCUCCAGAAUCGCCAUUUAAACACUUUACUAAUUCAUUUCUCCUUCAUGCUAAAGCACUAGGAAGAGAUCUCUCUGCAACAGAAAAGCAACUUUUUCAAGCAGCUCAUGACGGUCAGUUGGAAAUUCUUCAAGAGCUGGUCGAAAAAGAAAAACUCGAUGUAAAUCUUCGCCAUCCGCUUGGUUGGACCCCACUUCUCGUUGCAGUUAUCAAUAAUAGAUUCGAUUGUGUUAAAUAUCUUCUAACGAAAGGUGCUGAUCCCAAUCAAUCCGAUGAAUUUACGAACGUUCAAUCAAUGGCUAAAAAAAUUCAUUGGCAUCCCGUACAAGUUCACACAAGACGCGAAGAAGAAUUUUGUGAUCGUUUGUCUUCACGGGCGACCUUCAAUGGUUUUACAGCACUUCACUAUGCUGUAUUAAAUGAUAAUUUACCACUGAUUAAUCUUUUAAUUGAAUACGGAGCUGAUCUAUUGAUUGAAAACGAACAAGGCCAUUUGCCAUCGGCUUAUGCACUUCAACAACGAAAAGAACUGUUGAGUCAGCUGGAAAAGAAUGCGAAGAAAUUACAUGAAGAAAGACUUAAAACUGAAAGACGGCGGCGACCACUAGAAAUACGAAUUAAGGAAUACAUUGUCGGACAAAAUUAUGCGAUUUCCACCGUUUGUGCUGCUAUUCGACGAAAAGAAUCUGGAUGGACAAGUGAUGAGUCUCCAUUAGUUUUUCUUUUUCUCGGUUCAUCUGGUGUGGGAAAAACUGAACUAGCAAAGCAAAUAGCCAAGUAUCUCAACGGCGAAAAGAAUCAAAGUCGAUGUUUUAUUCGUAUUGACAUGAGUGAAUAUCAAGAAAAACAUGAAGUGGCAAAAUUAAUUGGCGCACCACCUGGAUAUGAAAAUUGGAUAUCAAGAGGGUGGACAGCUGACCGAUGCCCUGCAAAAAUGUCCAACAGCUGUUUUAUGUUACAAUUAUUUGAUGAGGGACGUUUAACUGAUGGAAAAGGAAAAACUAUCGAUGGAAAACAAGCGAUAUAUGUAAUGACAUCGAAUUUAGCUAGUGAAGAAAUUGCGAACUAUGCACAAGAUUUACGACGAGAAGAAGAAAAGAAACCGCCGUUGCUCAAUUCGACAGUUUCGUCAGAUGAUCUUGAUCCAAAGGACGACGAGAUGAAAAGUCGGAUCACUGUAUCGAAACAAUUUAAAGACAAAGUGGUUAAACCGAUAUUGAAAAAACAUUUCCGUCGCGAUGAAUUUCUUGGACGCAUUAAUGAAAUGGUAUACUUUUUACCAUUUUCCAAGAGCGAAAUCAAUAAAUUACUUCUUAAAGAAUUAGAGUUUUGGAAACGGCGAGCAAAAGAACAACAUAAUAUUGAUAUCAUUUGGGAUCGUAAAGCAUUGGAUUGUUUAGCAGAUGGUUAUGACAUAAACUACGGAGCUAGAUCACUCAAACACGAAAUCGAACGUUCGGUGGUUAAUCAAUUAGCUGCUGCUCACGAGCAAGGUUUAAUUGAAAGUGGCAAUCAAGUGUUACUCACAGCGCACGAAAAUCUCUUUUAUACACCGUUCACCGCUGGUUCAAAACACGAGCCCGUUAGUCGAUCAGUUAAAUUACAAAAAGUCGAAACAACAGGUGGACGAGGUUUAAUCAGUGGUCUUUUCAAUCCUAGUAAUCCGCAAGGAGCUAACGUGACUUAUACCGAUAUUCAACCUGAAGAUCAUCUUAAAACAUAUCAGUUUUAG